AUGAAAACAGCAAGCCAGGAACAAGACGACGAAAAGGAACGACGACAUGAACACACAAGCGUAAGAAAACAAAGACCAACGGGCCAUCCGGAACUAGUGGCAAAAGACGAUACAACGAUACAAUACGGCCACGGGCGGGCAAGAUCACCCCCCAACAAGACGACGAGAACACUGCACAAUACAAAGGCCGAAAGAGCGGAGAUGCAGGCUGUUGAUCGAACUUGUGAUGGUUGGACGUGGGUUGGGGGCGGAGAGGGGUAG